GGCGUUCUGACUGACGGACGGACGCUUCGCCCAGGGGCUGGUCACCUAUCCGGGCUGUGAGUUCCGGCUCGCCCGGUGUCCUCGCACGAUCGCCUGCUGCUUUAUCUUCUUUGACUUCCAGAGCCAGCCCUCCAGGCCUGAGCCCCCGUGAGGGGGUGGGGCUGAGGCCCGGGCGCUGCCAUGGACUUCUCCAAGUUCCUGGCCGAGGACUUCGACGUGAAGGAGUGGAUCAAUGCGGCCUUCAAGGCGGGCCCCAAGGAGACGGCGGCGGCCGGGAAAGCGGACAGCCACGCGGCCACUCUGGUCAUGAAGCUGCAGCUGUUCAUCCAAGAGGUGAACCACGCCGUGGAGGAAACAAGCCACCAGGCCCUGCAGAACAUGCCCAAGGUGCUCUGUGACAUAGAAGCCCUGAAACAGGAGGCGUCUUUUCUGAAAGAACAAAUGAUCCUCGUCAAGGAAGACAUUCAAAAAUUUGAACAGGAUACGUCGCAAUCCAUGCAGGUGUUGGUGGAAAUUGACCAGGUGAAGUCCAGAAUGCAGUCGGCUGCCGAGUCUCUGCAGGAAGCGGACAAGUGGAGCACGCUGAGCGCGGACAUUGAGGAGACCUUCAAGACUCAGGACGUGGCUGUGAUUUCUGCCAAGCUCACGGGCAUGCAGAGCAGCCUCGUGAUGCUGGUCGACACCCCGGAUUACUCCGAGAAGUGUGUGCACCUGGAGGCGCUGAAGAACCGGCUCGAGGCCCUGGCCAGCCCCCAGAUCAUCGCCGCAUUCACCUCACAGUCCGUAGACCAGUCCAAAGCGUUCGUGAAGAUUUUUACGGAGAUUGACCGGAUGCCGCAGCUCCUUGCAUACUACUACAAGUGUCACAAGGUGCAGCUCCUGACAGCCUGGCAGGAGCUAUGCCAGAGCGACCUCCCCCUGGACCGGCAGCUCACGGGACUCUAUGACGCCUUGCUGGGUGCCUGGCACACGCAAAUCCAGUGGGCCACGCAGGUUUUCAAGAACCCGCACGAGGUGGUGACGGUGUUGCUGACCCAGACCCUGGGGGCCCUGGUGCCCUCCCUGCCCAUGUGCCUCAGCUCGGCGGUGGAGAGGGCCGGGCCUGAGCUGGAGCUCACCAAACUGCUGGAGUUCUACGACACCACCGCCCACUUCGCCAAGGGGUUAGAGAUGGCCCUGCUCCCCGACCCAAAGGAACACAACGUGGUGAAAGUGAUGGAGCUGGUGGAGGCCGUGUAUGGGCCGUACAAGCCCUACCAACUCAAGUACGGCAGCCUGGAAGAAAACCACCUGCUGAUCCAGAUCAGCGCUGUACCUUUGGAACAUGGAGAAGUGAUUGACUGCGUGCAGGAGCUGAGCCACUCGGUGAGCAAGCUCUUUGGUCUGGCCUCUGCUGCCAUUGACCGGUGCGCUGGAUUCACCAAUGGCCUGGGGACGUGUGGCCUGCUGACAGCCUUGAAAUCCCUCUUUGCCAAGUAUGUGUCUGAUUUCACCAGUGCUCUCCAGUCCAUACGGAAGAAGUGCAAGCUGGACGACGCGCCCCCCAACGCCCUUUUUCAGGAAGAUUGGACGGCCUUCCAGAACUCCAUCAGAAUAAUCGCCACCUGUGGAGAGCUGCUGCGGCAGUGUGGGGACUUCGAGCAGCAGCUAGCAAACAGGAUUUUGUCGACGGCUGGCAAGUACCUCUCUGACUCCUACAGCCCUCGGAGCCUGGCCGUCUUUCAGGAAAGCAUCUUGACAGACAAGAAGAGCUCUGCCAAGAACCCCUGGCAAGAGUAUAACUACCUCCAGAAGGAGAGCCCUGCCGAAUAUGCCAGCCUAAUGGAAAUACUUUAUACCCUUAAGGAAAAAGGGUCCAGUAAUCACAACCUGCUGGCUGCGCCCCGCACCGCCCUGACCCGGCUCAACCAGCAGGCCCACCAGCUGGCCUUCGACUCUGUGUUCCUGCGCAUCAAACAGCAGCUGCUUCUCAUUCCCAAGAUGGACAGCUGGAACACGGCCGGCAUUGGAGAAUCCCUGACGGACGAGCUGCCCUCCUUCAGCCUCACGCCUCUCGAGUACAUCAGCAACAUCGGGCAGUACAUCAUGUCUCUGCCCCUGAACCUCGAGCCUUUCGUCACGCAGGAGGACUCCGCCUUGGAGCUGGCACUGCAUGCCGGAAAGCUGCCGUUUCCCCCCGAACAAGGAGAUGACUUGCCAGAGCUCGACAACAUGGCUGAUAACUGGCUGGGCUCCAUCGCCAGGGCCACCAUGCAGACCUACUGUGACGCCAUCCUGCAGAUCCCGGAGCUGACCCCACACUCCACCAAGCAGCUGGCCACUGACGUGGACUACCUGAUCAAUGUGAUGGACGCCCUGGGCCUGCAACCCUCCCGCACCCUGCAGAACAUCCUGACACUGCUGAAGAGCAAGCCUGAGGACUACAGGCAGGCCAGCAAGGGCCUGCCGCGCCGCCUCGCCGCCACCGUGGCCACCAUGCGGGGCGUGAACUACUGAGGACGCGACUGCGGGAACGGUGACCUCCCAGCAACUGUGGGCGGGCUGUCCUACGAAGACGCGAUUCUCCCAUUUCACUGAACAAAGCUCAUAAGUCGGAGGGGUGUUAUUUAUCAGACGGGACUUUGCAGACGAUUUUUUGUAAGUGAUCUGAUCUGAAUAGAUAUGGUGAAAUGCAA